CAAGCUGACAUUGCUGACAAGAAGUGACUGUAAAUAAAAGCUGUUUAGUUAAUAAAUAGAAAUAAGUUGUGAAAUAAUCUAAAGAAAAAUAGACGAGUGGUGUAUAAUUAUGGCAUCUUCUACGUCGUCUCCGCCAGCGAACGUCCAAGAAUUUUCUAUUAGAGUACCCAAAAAUGUGCAAAAGAGGUAUCAUGUGAUGAGAUUCAACGGUACGUUGGAUGUCGAUUUCUCAAAAUGGACGAAAGUCAGCAUGGAAAGAGAAAACAAUCUUAAGGAGUACAAAGGAACGGAAGAGGAUCAACCAAAAUUUGGUGCAGGAUCGGAAUUCGGUAGAGAAGCAAAAGAAGAAGCCAGAAGGAAAAAGCUGGGAAUUGUGGCUAGGAAAUAUCGAGCGGAUGAUCAACCUUGGAUUUUGAAGUCUUUUGGUAGCACCGUAAAAAAAUUCAAAGGUAUACGAGAAGGAGGCGUUUCUAACAAUACAGCAUAUUACGUCUUCACGCAUGCUGAAGAUGGAGCUAUCGAGGCUUUUCCACUUCAUGAAUGGUAUAAGUUUCAACCUAUCCAGAGAUACAAAGCGUUGUCUGCGGAAGAGGCCGAAAUGGAAUUCAAUAAGCGUAACAAACAUUUGAAUUAUUUCUCACUUAUGCUGAGGAAACGCCUAAAAGGCGAAGAUGAAACAGAAUUGGAAGAAGGCGAGGAAAAAGGUAAAAAAUCUACCUCCAAGAAGGAAAAGGACCUAAAAAUAUCCGACAUGGAUGAAUGGAUGGACACUUCCGAUGAAGAGUCGUCAGAGAACGAAGAAAAGGAAGCAGAGGAAGAGUCCGAAAAGAAGAAGCCAAAGAAAAAUGAUACUAAAAAGGAUGGUAAAAAGAAACGUGACACUGAUGUAGAAGCCUUCGAGGACUCUGAUGAUGGGGAUGGAGAGGGACGAGAACUGGAUUAUAUCAGCGAUAGUAGCGAAAGUGAACCAGAAAAUAUAAACUUGGACGGUGUAGCUGAAGAAAAAGCAUUGAGAAAACUGUUGAAUUCUGAUGAGGAGUCCGAUGAAGAUUCCGAGAAAUCCGAAAAAGAACAGAGUAACGAGGAUGAAGAAAACAAAGAAAAGGAUGGAGAAAAGAAGGAAGAAGGUGACGACAAAGAUAAGAAGAAGAAGAGCAAGAAAAAAUCAAAAAAGGAUGUCAAAAAAGAAGUCAAAAAGGAAAAAAAUGACGACGAUGAUGACUUUAGUUCCGACAGUAGCACCGACGACGAGAAGAAGAAGAAACCGGAUAAGAAAAGUAAGAAAGAUGAAAAGGAACCUAGCAGCACUAAUAGCUCUCGUUCGACGACACCUACGGAUAGCAAGAGGAAGCUUAUAAACGACGCACUGGCAGGACCUAGCCCUAAGAAGGCAAAAUUGGACCUCCCCAAUUACAUUCCUGGAUCAAACGAAUCUGGAAUUACGGAAGACGCCGUGCGAAAGUAUCUCAUGAGGAAGCCGAUGACGACCACAGAGUUGUUGCAAAAAUUCAAAUCCAAGAAGACAGGGCUGUCUUGCGAGCAGCUCGUCAAUAUCAUGACUCAAAUUUUGAAGAAAAUCAACCCCGUCAAACAGACACUGAAGGGGAAGAUGUAUUUAUCCAUAAAGUCGUAAAUUAUAGUAGUAUAUAGAUAUUAUGGUAUCUGGUCAAUAGAUUGAAAUAAUUAAUAUUUUUUUUAAGAAAUAAUCAGUUUAUAUAUGUAUUAUGUGCACUUUAAUCUUAAAUCCUAAAAUUAGAGAUGAGUCUCGAAAUAAAAAUUGAUUUACUCCUG